UAAUGCGAACUACUGCAAACGGAUGUUAAGGAAGGACAGCUUGCGGCGUGUAUAAAUAUUUAGGGUGAUGGACGUCCGUUAGGAUGUAAAGAGUUGUUUGCCAAAGCCCCAAAGAAUAAACAUAUACCCACACAACUAACGCAUUGAAAACACGUAGUUGAAGUUGUUGCGAAGACGCUUUUGUAUUUUGCGUUUUUGGUUUAAUAAACGUAAUUACUGUAGUCUGUCAAGUGUCAACUAAGCAGACAUGGCGGAACUGGGACUAAAUGAGCAACACCAGUCGCUAAUUAUGACAUAUAUCAGAUUCGCUAAGCAUCAGCGUGCACAAAAUUUGAAGGCAGUGUAUUGUGCAUUCCAAGACGUAAUAGAAUCUAGGCUGUCGGAGGAGACGUACACGGCAGAGGAGGUGCGGGAGCUGCUGUGCGGGCUGCGCGAGGCGGUGCGCGCCGACGUGGAGGCGGAGCUGAUGAGCCACGGCCGCGCCACCGCGCUGCUGCUGCGCCAGCUGCUGGCCCAGGCUGAGCGCUGGCACCUGCGCCUCUCCGCCGACAUGUCACAGCUGCAAGACAGAGAGCAACUGGAGCAGGUGGCAGCACUGGAGGAGACGGGAGCGGCUCCCGAGCGGCCGCUGCCAGCGGGCGGACGGCUGGCCCCACUGGGCACGGAUGGCGGCCGGGACGCGGGCGGGGCGUCCGCACUGCUGACUGCGGAGGUGCGGCGACUGGAGGCGCACUGUGGCUCCCUGCAGGAGCAGCUGGAGGAGGCACGCCUUCUGGCUCAGGUUAGGCAGCAGCAGAUAAUUCGCCUGAACGACGAACUGGACUCUGCGAGAGAGAAGCUCGCCGUGGCUGCCGCUUCUUCACAACUCGCCAAGGAACGGCAGGAGGCCACGGUCCCCAGUGACCGCAUCCCCGAGCUGGAGGAGCAGAUCUCACAGCUGUCUCUCAGUCUGUCAGACAGUGAAACUGUGAGAACCGAUGUUGAGCACCAGCUGGCGGACACGAGGGAGGAACUCGAGGCUAUGAAGUCGAGACUGACGCUGGCGGAGAAGGAGCUGGAAAGCAAAUUCAGUGAGACGACAGCUUACACUAACAUGAAGCGUAUGCUCGCGAGCAAGAAUGAACAGCUGCGUGAGCUGCGAUUGAGGCUGCGUGCCCUGGGAGAAGGAGGAGGCAAGAGCAGUGUAGCUGAUGGCGAUGCUGAUGCUGAUGCUGAGGGAGAAAUGUCGGAAGACGAAAACUGAGUUCGGAGUGGAGAGAUAUCACCUGAUAUUGCAUUGAGACCUGAAAAUGGAAUGUGGAUGUAACAGGUCUCUGACGGAAGUGCUUAAUUUUUAGAAGUGUUAUCUCACUAGUGUUACAUAGUAGUCAAACAAUCUGUGUAACAUUUUGCUACCACAGUAAUUGUUAGUUGCACAUAAAAAUGCUUUGCACUGCUAACUGAUUAUAAGUCUAAAAUAUGUGAGGAAAUCAUUGUUUCUCCAAAAACUUUAUUUAAUAAAUAAGACCUGACCCUCGCUCAUGUCAAACCUUAAUCCUUAUGACAACACAAUGUGAAUACUGUUGUAUCGUGUAAAGUCACCUCAGGUGCCAAAUGAAUUGCAAUAGAAGAUUUUCACUGUAAAUUCAUCAAACCACAAUUUCAGUUCUCAAAAUUAUUUGCAAUUAUGUUCAGUGCACAUUUAGACCUGUCUUACAGAAGAACAAUAGAAUUAAUGUUAUCAACAUCUACAAUUCCUAUUACUCAGAAUGAAGAUAGUGAAAAUUAGGAGCACUCUAAAUUUUGUGGUGACAGCAGCAAACAAACACAGAGUUAGUUCCGUUUACUCUUAGACCAAAGUAAGUGAAAAAAUGGCACUAAUAAACAACGUGUGUCGUUCCUGACUGCUUCGCUACUAUAUUUCGUUUUCCACUGUUGACAACAUCAACAAUGUAACAGUUGUGGCCCUGUAGCUGUCCGAUAUGUGUGUGUUACACCAAAUGAACUAUCUGCAACAUUUAAACGUGAGCAUCCCCGGAGUACAACUUCACGAAACAUUGAUACCUUUGUGUGUCACUUCUGCCACAGCACCUAAUUGUUACGCAUAGUAGAAGUAGGUAGCAAUGUCAGAGACAAAGGAAAACUUUUCAAAUGUGUUUGUCUGCUCCUGAUAUCUAUGUAUAUACAUGAUUUUUUUUUCUUUUGUGCACAUCUACAGCAAAGUUCCUUUGGAAUUAUAUGAGUUUCGAUGGCCUCCUUUUAUAAUUAAUUUUAAA